CAGGGCCAAGACCUUGGAAUUGGUCACCUGGAUUUGUUUAACGACAACCUUGGAAGUCGGGUUACAAAUGGUCUCAUGAGGCAAGUGGAGGAAUGAUCCAUCUAAUUAAAUGAAGUAGUGCAAGACCACAUUUGGGCUCAACUAACCUAGAUUUCAAUUGAUUUCAUGGAGCCUAAACCCAAGCUAGAUCACACAUGAGCCUUACAUUAACUUAGGGUUUUAUUGGCUAAAACCCUAGGUAUAAAAGGGAAAAUUGGCACGGUGAACAGUGAGCUUGCGCUACUGUUCAUCGUGCCGUUUCUCUCGACGGCGCGUCGCUUGCUCCUCCCUUCUUCCAGAUCUUCGAGCCAGCUUGUCCUCAUUGGCGUGGAGUUCCUCAGCCUCCGGCGACCAGAUUCCGACCAACGUUCUUCAUCAGCGAAUCAAUUUGGCGAGCAGGGUACUAUAGCUGCGAGUAGCGAUUUUCAACUCAGACCAGCGGCGUUCUUCUGGUUUGAGCUUCCAUUCCUUCACGGGAUUAUCGGCGGUGGUCCUCCGGUGAUUCUGAACCAUUUCCGACAGCACUUCAACGUUCCUAGCUCCCUUCGUCCAGCUCGCGACUCCAGUUCCAGAGAACCCAGCAGGCGCAAUAGUGAACAACUUCAGAAACCUGAUCUCGUUGAAGAUUUGAGAGCUGAUACAAGUGAAUCUGGGUUCAUCUUGAAGCUCGAGAUCACCAUCCGACUUCUGUUGGAGUGUUCUCUACAGAUCCUUAUGCGACGGCAAGGAGAAGACAAGUUUGGUCAGAGAUUUGAGUUAUCUUCCUUUGCAACAUCGCUUGAACUUGACACGAAGAUUGAGAGAACCUUUUGGACUUUAAGGAGACAAGCUAGGUCAGCAGCAACUUGUGAGAGCAGAAUUUCAGAGAUGGAUAAUCAGAUAACAAAAGGGGAUCGAACCAUGAAAGAGCUUGCAGCUCCAGAUGUGGCUUAUAAGUACUCAUGCAUCACUUAUCCAGAUUUGACAGGAGAUUUUGAAUUCAGAUCAGGGCUUAUUCAUCUGCUUCCCAAAUUUCAAGGCUUAUCAGGAGAGGAUCUCAACCACCAUCUACAUGAAUUCCAUGUGGUUUGUUCAACCAUGAAGCCACAAGGGAUUUCAGAAGAAGACAUUAAGUUGAGGGCUUUUCCAUUUUCUUUGACGGGAGCAGCUAAAGACUGGUUAUAUUGCCUUCCAGCUGGAUACAUUACAAGUUGGAUUGAUAUGAAGAGAGCAUUUUUGGAGAAAUUUUUCCCAGCUUCUAGGACUGCAACUAUCAGGAAGAGCAUUUGUGGUAUUUAGCAAGUAGUGGGAGAGACUCUUUAUGAUUAUUGGGAAAGAUUCAAGAAGUUGUGCUCGAGUUGUCCACAACAUCAAAUUAGUGACCAGCUCCUUGUUCAAUAUUUUUAUGAGGGUCUACUUCCCAUGGACAGGAGCAUGAUAGAUGCAACAGCUGGAAGAGCCUUGGUGAAUAAGACUCCAAAUCAAGCAAGAGAGCUAAUUUCAAAUAUGGCAGAAAAUUCACAGCAAUUUGGGAGUAGAAUUCUUGGUAUUAGAGUGGUUAAUGAAACUUAUUUAGUUUCGUCUGAGCAACAAGAAAUUAGAAACAAUUUGCAAGAAUUGACCUCUCUAGUGAAGCAAAUGACGUUGCAAAAUUCGUGUCAUGUUUUAAAUUUUCCUUUACUAAUGAUGAAGUUGUGUGGAAUUUGUUCAAGCCAAGAUCACUCUUCGGAUCAUUGUCCUAAUCUACAUCAAGAUGAAUCCGUUGCAGCCAUUUCAAGACCUCAAUUUCAACAACACAAAUAUGAUCCCAACUCAUCAACUUACAAUCCGGGAUGGAGGGAUCACCCUAAUUUGAGGUAUGAGAAUGCAUUUUAUCAGCAACAACCACAAGGGCGGAUUCAUCAGCCAUAUUAUCAGCAUCAACAGAAUCAGCAUCAUUACCAGAAUCAUCCAGCAGGUCAUUCUCAACAAUUUUAGCAAAACUUCAGCCAGAAUCAGCAACUUCAACCAUUCUAGAAUUUUCAGCAGUCACAUAAUACGAUCCAGCUACAAUUUCAGAAUUCACAGAAUCAGCACAGACAUUUCCAGCAUGUUCAGCAACCUGUGCAGAAUUUCCAGCAGCCAAGUAAUGCAAAUCAACAUCAAUUUCAGCUUGCACUGCCAUCUUCUACAAGCCCAAGAUCAAUACAACCUCAUCACAAUUUUAGUAGCUCAAAGAUAGAAGAUUUGAUGCAGCAAAUGUUGCAACAGCAACAGCAAAUGAUGCAACAACAGUAACACCAGCAGAGGACUGAUACAACAUUGCAAAACAUUGAAAGACAGAUUGGGCAACUACUAGCAACAUUAAUCAGAUGUAGAACCAAGGAUCUAGGCAGUUACCUUCACAACAUACUUCAAAUCCUAAGGGAAAUGUAAGUGCAUUGUCUUUGCGAAGUGGUAAAACAAUUCCAGACCCAAAUCCGAAUUUUUCAGCUGGACCACAGCAGAGCUUACCCAAACCAGCUGCAGAUUCAAACUUACAGAAUUCUCAGAUUUUUCCAGCAAAUUCAGAGCCAACAGAUUCUGCACAGAAUGAAAAUUUUAGAGCUGAUCAGCUGCAUAUUACACAACCUACAACUUCAGAGUUUACUCUAUUUGGUGGAGCAGAUUUCAGCUUAGAAGUUAAUCCAACAGCAGCUUCAAAUUCAGCUCCAAAGUCAGCACAGAAUUUGGAAAACAAUCUGAACUAGCAAGGAGCUGAGUCUUCCAUUCCGUUACCUUUCCCUCAAAGAAGUGUACAACCAAGAAGAGAAAUGGAGGAAGAAAAGGUUAGGGAAUAUCAAGAAUUGGUAAAACUGUUCAACAAGAUUGAAGUGAAUAUACCUUUGCUUACCAUGAUCAAGCAAAUUCCUAAAUAUGCCAAAUUCCUCAAGGAUCUUUGUGUGCACAAAAAGAAAUUGAAGGGAAAUGAAUUGAUAAGUAUGGGUAAAAAUGUCUCAGCAUUACUUCAGCCAGUUCCUCAGAAGUGUGAAGAUCCAGGAGUUUUCACAGUUCUUUGUGUUAUAGGAGAUUGUAUUUUUGAGGAUGCAAUGUUAGAUCUUGGAGCCUCUAUUAAUGUGAUGCCUAAGUCAGUUUUUCAAUCAUUAAGAAUUGAACCUCUGCAGCCUACAGGUGUAGUGAUUCAGUUGUCUAACCGAAGUCAAGCACACCCAGCUGGAGUGAUAGAAGAUGUAUUGGUAAAAGUAAGGGAGUUAAUUUUUCCUGUAGAUUUUUACAUCUUAGACAUGGAGGGUGAUGUGCUUACAAACAGAUCUCCGCUUAUUCUUGGACGUCCAUUCUUGAAGACUGCUAGAACCAAGAUAGAUGUACAUGUAGGAACUCUUUCUAUGGAGAUAGGAGACACAGUAGUUUGGUUCAGCAUUUUUGAGGCUAUGAAGCAUCCAAGAGAGGACCAUUCUAUUCUUACCUUGGAUAUUUCAGAGGAGCUGGAUGGCAUAGAGUUCUUGUCAGAUAUUGAUUCAGACUUAGAGGUUUCUGAUUUUAGUCAAGAGAAUGAAUUUGUUGCAUUAUUGGAGGAUGUUUUAGAUGUGGAAUAUGAUGUUAACUCAAGUGAAUGCGUAGGGGAUUGCUUAGGAGAAGCAUUACCCCUAGGAUCGCUCAGAGAGAAAGAGGUAUGUGUAGGGGAUGACUCAGUAGAAUACCCCUAGGAUCACCUACUAUGGAUCAGACACAGGAGGAGUUGAAGCUAUUGCCUCAACAUUUGAAAUAUGUGUAUUUGGGAGAGAAUCAGCAGCUGCCUGUCAUUAUAGCUCAGAAUUUGGAUCCGGAUCAGGAGGAACGAUUGUUAGAGAUUAUGAGACAACAUAGGAAGGCCAUUGGAUGAACUCUGGCAGACAUUCCUGGGAUCAGUCCUUCCAUUUGCAUGCACAGGAUCUACUUAGAGGAGGAUGAAACCAGUGAGACCGCCACAGAGACAACUGAACCCUUUGAUUUUGGACGUGGUAAAGAAGGAGGUGACUAGACUCUUAUAGGCAGACAUUAUUUAUCCGAUUUCUGACAGUAAAUGGGUAAGUCCCAUCCAUGUGGUUCCGAAGAAGUUAGGGGUGAUAGUGGUAGCUAAUGAAGAGAACGAACUGGUUGUUGAUGCGGGAAGCAUCCGACGAUCGAACCUAAGUUUUGAUAAUGGCAAAGGAUUUAAAGUUAAGGUUUG